AUGCACGCUCUCUGCUCUCUCGCUUUGCGCAUCUGCUGUCCCUUCCUUUUCCAUCGGCGCUCUGCUCCUCCUCCACCUCCUCAGUCCGCCGUUAUCCCUUCUCGCUCUGUGCCUGUCUCCCCGUGGCGCGCCUGCGGGAUGGAGAAGGAGAGGGAAGACAGCGACACGGAGCGAGAGCGUGCCGAACCGCUCUCCGACACAGAGCGCGCCAUCGUGCAGGACACCUGGGCACGCGUCUACGAGAGCUGCGAGGAUGUGGGCGUCGCCAUCCUCGUCAGGUUCUUUGUGAACUUCCCAUCAGCAAAGCAGUACUUCAGUCAGUUCCAACAUAUGGAUGAUCCAGAGGAGAUGGAACGGAGCACUCAGCUGCGGAAGCACGCCCGUCGUGUCAUGAAUGCCAUCAAUUCAGUAGUGGAGAACCUCCAUGACCCAGACAAAGUUUCCUCUGUGUUGGGCAUAGUGGGCAAGGCCCACGCCCUCAAAUACAAGGUGGAGCCCAUGUAUUUCAAGAUCAUAAGUGGUGUCAUACUGGAAGUCCUGGGGGAAGAUUUCCCAGAUUACUUUACUCCUGAAGUGACAACAGCUUGGACGAAACUGAUGGGGGCGCUCUAUUGGCACAUUACAGGGGCCUACGCCGAGGUUGGCUGGGUCAAACUCUCCAGCUCAGCUGUGUGA